AUGGCGACCGAGACCGCAAGUGUCGCAUAUUACAGUGCAAGUGACCGUGUGUGCGCAGGCGGCGCCGCGGCCGGCGAGCAGCAGUACUCGCUGCGAUGGAACGACUUCCACUCGGCCAUGGUGUCCUCGUUCCGUCGUCUGCGCGACGAGGAGGACUUCGUCGACGUCACGCUCGCGUGCGCCGGCGCCACCUUCACGGCGCACAAGGUGGUGCUAUCAGCUUGCAGUCCAUACUUCCGGCGGUUACUCAAAGCAAAUCCUUGCCAGCAUCCCAUCGUGAUCCUCCGAGAUGUGCACGAUAAAGAUAUGGAGAGUUUACUCAGGUUCAUGUACCAAGGCGAGGUACACAUCGGGCAGGAACAGCUGAAAGAGUUCCUGCGCGCGGCGCAACUGCUGCAGGUGCGCGGCCUCACCGACGUCCCGCCUCCAGCGCCGCUGCCCACACUGGACCAGAAAGCAUCCCCGUCCGCGUCGUCGUGGACGGAGGGCAGCGCGUCGCGUGAAGGACGAGAGGGACGAGAGGGGCGGGAAGGUCAGGCACGGGAGGGCCGGAGGGCCCGACGUCCAGAAGAGGGCGCGGCCAGCACCCCACCACCAAAACGCGCUCGCUCCUCGGACCUCUACCAGGCGCAGAUGAAGACCAGGACGGAGCAACUGCUUGCGGCACAGGGUGCCAGCCCCGAGGGUCUGCACACCAACGGACACGACCUGGGCCUCUUCACGCACGCACUUGACAACACCCAAAACCCACAUCUAACUGCCAUCUCUAAUAACUUGUGCGGGUCUGGGUCGGGCGAGGGGGAGGGCGAGGGCGAGGAGUCGUCGUCUGACGCGGGCGCCAGCGACGCGGAGGAGACGCGCGCCAAGCCCGAGCAGCCGGACUACGAGGAGGCCGGCGCCGGCGCCGCGCUGCACGCCAACGGCACGCUGCCGCAUGGCUUCCCCGCGCUGCUCAACCUGCCGGGUUUUCCCGGCCUUCCAGGGCCAUCGGGGAUACCUGAUAAUUUCGGAGGCUGUCGACGGACUCAAGACCUACUGCGUGUACGUGCAACAGACCCGCGACCGUGCCCUAAGUGCGGCAAAAUUUACCGCUCAGCUCACACUCUGCGAACACAUUUAGAAGAUAAGCACACUGUCUGCCCUGGAUAUCGGUGCGUGCUGUGCGGCACGGUGGCCAAGUCGCGCAACUCGCUGCACUCGCACAUGUCGCGCCAGCACCGCGGCAUCUCCACCAAGGACCUGCCCGUGCUGCAGAUGCCCACGCGCUUCGACCCCGAGCUCGCCAGCCAAUUGCUCGCGAAAGCCGGGGUGAAAGUAUCCCCGGAACAACUCCGAGCAAGAGCAUCGCCCACCGGGCCGCGGCGGUCCGACAUCAAGCUGGACGCCAAGUCGGCCGCGUCUGAGACCAGUUCGAUGUGCGGCGACCCAGACCAUGACGACCUCAGCCAGUCGCGCUACCAGGACAGCAUGGCCAUGUCGCCACCUCAUAUUAACAAUCUGACCAACACCACAAUAACAAAAGUACCUGCUGUCAGAGCUGUGACCGCGAAAACGGUUGAAAAUCUUCCGCAUGGAAUAGGCGGCGUUAUGAAACACGAUGAAUAUCCGCCGGGUUUCGGCGGUGGCUCAGCUAUACUAGACACAUACUUACAGUACAUAAAUGAGAACGUGUUCGGUAUCAACGCGGCGAAACUGGCACAAAUGAACGCAUUGCACAUGGAAAGGAAGACGUAUGAAGAGCCUUCACCACAAAUGGGCUCACUCCCUCCACCACCUACCACUUUGGCACACCAGCGCUUUUUGAAGCAAAUGCAGCGACAGUACACGGAAAACAUGAGCAAGCCCGACAUUAUGCGCGAUUCAGAAGAACCUUUAGAUCUUGGAAAAGAGAGACAAAGGAAUGACAGUAUCAGCGAUGCAGACGGCGACAAACAAGAGAUGGAGAAAGAAUUAAAUAAAGAUUAUUACAACAAAGGAUACAAUGACGACGAGAGGAACAGGGUUAAUAGCACUGAACAAGACCAGGAGCACAGCGGCCAGGAGGAAGGAGACUACUCCGAGGACGAGAACAAAACCGCUUCUUCAUGA